AUGGACACAAAAUGUCAUCAGUAUUUCAGUAUUUGUUUCGAAUGACUCAAGAGAGUCGUAGGUAGAUUGGUUUAUAUGAAACUAUUAAGCUUAUUCGACACAAAACACCCAGAAAGGGAUUUGUAAAUAUUAAGUGUUUCGACUGCAAUACAUGAAAAAUGACUGCAAUAACGGGUUCUUCGUGGGAAGAAUUGAGAAAGCAAGCUCGGCUGCUAGAAAAUGAUAUAGAUGUGAAACUGGUGGCAUUUAGCAAGCUUGGUGUGAGCUCAGCUAAUACUGGUUUGAGCUCAGAGAGUGUUCCACUCAUCAACAGUGAUGACAUGUUUGACACCAUGUCUAUGGAACUGCAGCAACUUCUUAAUAAGUUGUCAACAAUAAAUGACAAAAUGGCAGAUUUAGCUCCAAGUGGCACUGCAACAAUGCACACAAUUAAAAGGCAUAGAGAAAUAUUAAUGGACUAUCAACAAGAGUUCUCGAAGACGUCAGCGCGUGUGAGCGCGCGGCGCGAGCGCGAGGAGCUGCUGCGGGGGGGAAGCCCGCCGCCCGCCGCCACCAUCGGCCUCAGCCGCCGCGACCAGUACACCAAGGAGUCCAACCAUCUGCACAGUUCGCAUAUACUCGUAGAUGAGCAGAUCAACAUAGCGAUGGAGGCCCGCGACCACCUCGCGUCACAGCGGCAGACCUUCAAGCGAAUGCAGACUACAUUCAACAAUAUUACUAACAGGUUCCCCAUGCUGAACAGCCUCAUGUACCGCAUCAACGCUCGCAAGCGACGCGACUCCCUCAUCGUGGGCCUCGUGGUGGCGGUCUGCACCUUCCUAAUGCUGCUGUAUGCGUUCAACUGAGUCACUGUUGUUACGUUAAGGUUGGGUACACAAGAGUUAGGAUAUUCACUAAGGCCAGAUGUCAUGAUGUAGUAUGGAUGUAGGUAACUUGAUUAAAUGUUGGCGAUAAGUUUGUGAAUGUAUCAUAGUCCUAUUCUUGGUCUAGUUGGCAAAUUGAUCUGUUAUUGACCUAUGUUCCUGGCAUAGCAUUCCAAAGAGGAUUGUGCAUAAAAAAAAUUCAGCAACUAUAUACAAUGGAUUUUACGAUACAUUGUUAACCAAUUAAUUAUAGUCAAUCUCUUCCGAAUAUUGUUCACUUAAAUUUGGUCAAUAGAGUAUUUUGACGAUACAUUCGCGAACACACUGCCCUUUUCUAUUCAAGUCAUUUACUAUACAUAAUCACAUAUAUAACUUAUUGUUUUAAUUAUUUGUAUUGAUCUCUGUAAUCGAUUUUCCCUCACUAUACUUGAUAAAUGUAUUGAAUCCUGUUGUAAUGUUCUCUUUUCAGUCACUAGAUCACUUCAUGUGAUGAGACCCAGUCCUUUUAAAAGGCUUGUGUAUUGUUCUAUUAUUAUGAUAGUCGACAUCGGACUUGUUUACAUUCCGCCGUUUCUAAUUCAGGCAAACAUGAAGCUAUAAUAAAAUUAAAAUCACUGUUGUGGAUCGGGUGAAAUGAAAUAGUAAUAAUGACUUGCUUCGGAGUUUUUAAGAAUAACAAAAUGAGGCGUAGAAAAAAUAUAUGUAUAAUAUAUAUAUAAUUAUGAUUAAUUCAUGUGUAAAACCAUCGAUGAAAAUAAAAAGUCUGAUAAAAUUCAGAGGCAAGUCAUUCCGCAGUGAGAUCAUCUUUCCGUGAAAUGGGGCGGAAUUCUGUCCCAAAAGACAAAAUACUUUUAAGUAUGUGAAGGCCCAUUAAAGUUCCCUUAUACACUUAUUUAUUAAUUAAUCAGUGCAUUUAUUUUAUUGGUUGACGUAAAGGAUGAGCGAGUCAACAUCGUUGUCGCUUACCUUGUACAGACCGACUAGUGUUUAUUUUUUUAAACUAAACCAGAUGUCAAUCCUGUUUUGUUCCAUAUUAAGCAACAAAGCAACUCAAGAAUUAGACUGUAAUUUUACCUAAAUCGUGGUCCUGAAAUGAUAGUAUCUAAUCAAACCAAGAUCGAGUCGCCAUCAAGUGAUGUCAGCCUCUUUGACUGUCGACCGUGCGUAGUUCCAACUUGUGCCGCUGCACAAAGUGGCGCUAGUAUGAGAUUGCAGGGCAUUACUAACUCGAUUCAAUCGGCAGUAAGCUACCUGACUGUGUUGUCCGACAGUAGAUGCUGUCUUGCUCUAAGAAAUUGACUUGACUAGGCUGUUAUUAGUUACUGUGUAACGAAAUUUAAAUCAUUUUUUAAAGUUAUUUAAUUAUUUACCAUUAAUAUGUAUUAUUCAAUCUAUGCUAUCCAAAUUGGUUAGAAAAAAAAUCCCUAUACCUUUGUAAGAUGAACAUAGAUAUUAGUUAAAAUACUAGACCAUAUUAUACCUUUUAUUGCAUGUUAUAAUACAUAUUGAUGUUUUUAAGAUAAUAAAUAUUAUUAUGUAUGAAAAAAAAACGAAUGCUUCUUCUAUCUGUCGAAACUUCAAAAAACCUGAUUCGGUAAUUGUCAUACGCUAAAGACGUCAUCUUUUGUAAUUUUGUCUUAAAAAAGAAACAAACUUUUUUUCUGACACCAUCCCAAUUAUGUCCUCUAUCAUAGGCCUAACAAAUUAUCAUGUAAUAUAGAAUAUGUAAAUACUUACCCUGUAUGUAACUAUUGUAUCAAAAUAAAACUAUUUAUUGUAAAA